GUGCUAUUAAUGUAAAUGGUCAUCUGACACCGUUUUUCGGUCUCUCGCGAGGUGUCCGGCAGGGGUGUCCCCUGUCUCCUCUGCUGUACGUUUUUGUUUUGGAGGUCCUUGCCUGUAGUAUUCGCUCCAACCCCCGUAUCGUUGGCCUUUCCCUCCCGGGGUGUCCCCCACUAUCCCCCAUAUCUCAGUAUGCUGACGACACGUCGUUAAUUUUAACAUCCGACGAUGGGAUCAAAGCUGCUCUGGAAGUUUAUCAUCAGUAUGAGCGGGCGUCCGGGUCAAAGAUCAAUUUCGGAAAGUCCAAGGGCCUUUGGUUGGGCGGCUGGCGGGGCCGUACGGACUCCCCCGUCCCUUUCGAUUGGACACCUUCGAAACUCAAGGUCCUUGGAGUGUUUAUCGGUCCUGGUAACCUGGAAGAGGAUAAUUGGCGCCCGCGCAUUUCUGCGGUGGACCAUGUUCUCAAAUCCUGGCGUUCACGUGUUCUGACCUUUCGCGGCAAGGCUCUCGUUAUUAAUGCUCUCGCCCUCUCCCGGGUCUGGUAUGUGGCGUCACUCAUCCACAUGCCGGCUUGGGUGGAGACGGAGCUUACUCGACUUGUGUUUUCAUUCUUUUGGUCUGGCAAGCGGGAGCUCGUCGCCCGCGCUGCAGUAGUGCAGCCAGCUCUUUUUGGUGGUUUUUCAGUGGUCAGUGUUCGCUUCAAGGUGUGGGCUCUUCUGGGUCAAUGGGUGAGGAGGUUUGCCUCCUCUCCCUCCAGUUGGGUCUCACUGAUGUCGUUUUGGUUUCAGUCUGUCCUUGGUGUCUCUCCUCUCGUUGCGUUUUCCCGCCCUUUUUCUGUUGACUCUAGAGCCUUGCCACCAUUCUACCAGUCUCUGAUCCUAGCGUGGCGGAAACUUGAUGGGUCUUUUGCCACGUCCAGGGAUUGCCUUGUUUAUGCUUCUUCGUCUCCUUUGGUCUGUUCCCCUGUUGUCAGCAUGUCUUCUAAGUCAUGCUAUUUGUAUCUCCUUUCUGAGAACAUGGUCCAGCCCCGUUGUGUGUACAAGUAUGAACUUCAAUUCCCUAAUCUUGAUUGGCCUGCCACGUGGCGUACCCUGUCUAUGUUCGACCUGGAUCGUCGUGUCACCGACCUUAACUGGAAGAUUGCGCAUGGCGUUCUGUACACCGCUCGGCGUCUCUCUCUUUUUGGUUUGUCGGUUUCUCCGUUCUGUUUUUGCGGUCCCCAGGUUGAGUCACUUGAGCAUCUGUUUUACUAUUGUCCGCUUGCUCAGAGUGUUCUCUCCUGGGUCCAGUCUUUGUUGUUCGUUUUCUCCCCUAUGAGUCCUGUCAUUCUUUUACGUCAUGUUCUUUUCGGGUUUAAGACGAGUGAAUUGAUUUCUGUCCCUUGGGGUUUCGUCUACCUUCUUAAUGUUUCUAAGUACUGUAUUUGGUUGUGUAGGAACGAUUACCGGUUCCGUAAUGUUCGUCCUGGUGCCGUUGCGGUGAUUGCGUCCAUUAAAGCCCGCUUGAAGUUUUAUCUACCUCUAGCCUUCAGGCGGUGCAAAUCUUUCAGUCCUGUUGUGUCUGUCAUGUAG